AUGUCGUCCCGUAAGGUUCGGGUCAAGAAGUUGAGUGUCAAAACCGGCCUUCCGGUGCUCAGGGAGGAUCAAAUCGACCCUUCAGAGUACGAGGCACUCUCAACCGAGACCCAAAUCGCGACCGGUGUCGAGCAGGCUGAGGAAAAUGAAUAUCACUUGCAAACCAUUCUCAAAGAUGCUGGAACCAGCAAUGACCAAGAAAUCCCGGUCCCGCCUCCACAGAAGAGCGAGAUCGACUAUAAUGACCUAUACCCAAGUCAGUAUCACCAACCAUCGUCCUACAUUCGAUUCUCGCAAACGGUAGAAGAAUGUAUCAGCUGUCUUUAUGACAUGACAGCCGAGGACGAUGUAUUUCUCAAAGAAUAUAACAGCAAAGCUCCAUCUUCGGGACCUUUACCCGAAGAUGACUUCGAACAUAUUAUGGAACUGUUCGAGGACACUGCUGCAGAACAGACACCCUUUGCAUCAGUGGAUAACACUGUCGUCCCCUAUGAAAUGAUGGCUGCGGGGCUGAAUCAGUUGGAAUCCCAAUCGAUUCUGCAGCAUGCCAAAGCCAUAUAUGAAUAUUGGAGAUCGAGGAGGCAAGAGAUGGCAAACAAACCGCUCCAUGCUUCUCUCAAGUUCGAGACACACCAGGACAGUGAUGACACCGAUCCUUAUGUGUGCUUCCGCCGACGAGAGGCCCGCCAGACCAGGAAGACCCGUGGUCGUGACACCAAGGUAGCAGACACUCUCAAGAAACUUCGCCGAGAGCUCGAGGAUGGCCGCCAAUUGGUGGUACUUACUGCUGAACGUGAGAUCAUGAAACGAGAGCUCCUGAAUGCGGACAGGGCCAUCUUUGAAGAACGCGCGCGCUUGAAACAGAUGAAGAUCAAGCUUGGUAUUAAAGAAGGCGAUGAAGAUCUCAUCAACCAAAAGCCGCAGAAGCGUAAGAUCUCAGAAGCACCCGUGAUGAACAGGCCUCCUGGGACCCACAUGCGAGCAAUGCCUGUGCGCGCAGAUGGCCGAACAGUCGACUCCGAUCUUGUAUCGUUGGUCGAAAGGCAAGCUGAAAAGGAGAAUGAGUUCCGUACCGAUAUUGAGAUGAAGGUCCAAAACCACCGCAAGUGGAAUGCAAACCAUAUCGAUCUCACUCGCGGGCCCCUGUCGCCAGUAAAGGAGCAGGGAACGGAACUGAAGUUCCGACCUGCCAAAACCCAGUACUUGAUGACGCCGCCUGCAUCGGUAUCGGACGAAAUGGAUGUCGACCAAGAAGGAGGCCCUGAGCCGAUGGCCCUUGACCGACUUCCCGUGUUCCAGUUCAAAGCAGGCGGCCAUGGUGAGCAUGCUCAGCCUAGCCACCCAGCCUUCCGUCGCCGUAUAGGACGCUUGAAUCGUCUUUGGAUUGACCGAAGAGGGUUGGCGUCCCCGUCCAAGAGAGACAGCAGCGAUUAUGGUGAUCGUUGGAAGUACGACUCAGACUCGGACGAUGACGAGCAGACCGAGUAUGAAGUCGAUCCAUUUGACACUCGUGCCUUGAAGUUCAGAGCGACGAUUCCACUCAGCCCAUUUAUAUUCGGCAGACGCCCAGAUAUGGCGCCAAGCGGAAACGGGCCAAACGGGCACAGAGCAUUGCCGCCAGCGCAGGCAGCCCAAGCGGCUCAAGCCGCACAAGCAGCGCAGGCUCAACAAGUGCAGAAGGCGCAACAAAUGCAGCCGACUCAACCGGCAUCGUGA